AUGGGGGCCUCUCAAAGACACGGCCCAUCCAUAAAGCUUCCUUCCUGUGGCUCCCUUGGCUUUGUGGGAACACUGUGGCUCCUGUCGACGAUGAUGACUGUAGGGUCCACCUGCCCAAGGAGUUGCCACUGCACGGACAGGAACGGCGUGGUGGUGCAGUGCACUUCGCGCAACUUGGAGAAAAUCCCGCCGGAUCUGCCAAAGGACACCAUCAUCCUGCUGCUCUCGUCUAACCGGAUCAGAAACGUCCCCAAGCAGGCCUUCAAAGACCUCCACCGCCUCAGGGAGCUAGACCUCUCUUAUAACUCCAUCGAAAACGUGGAAACCGAUGCCUUUCAGGGAGUGUCGGAGGGGCUGCGGACCCUGGACCUUUCCAACAACCGGCUCAGCAGCCUGCCCAAGGACACUUUCGCCAAGCUUCACGCCCGAAUCCGCCUGUCCAACAACCCCUGGCACUGCGAGUGCUCCCUGCAGGAGACGCUGAGGGAGCUGAGGCUGGACCCCGAGACAGUCAACGAAGUGAGCUGCUACACAUCGGUGCAGGAGGAGUACGUCGGCCAGCCGGUGAUCCAGGUCCUGGACUCGGGGAUCAACUUUUGCAGUUUCCACCAGAAGACGACAGAUGUGGCCAUGUUUGUGGCCAUGUUCUGCUGGUUCUCCAUGGUGAUAGCAUAUAUCAUUUACUACAUCAGGCACAACCAGGAGGACGCCAGGAGGCACAUGGAGUACCUCAAGUCCCUGCCAAGCACCUCUCAUAUCAGCAAGGAAUUUGACACAGCCAGUAGUGUGUUCUAG